AUGUCGGUUGUAGUGGAGAACACACACGGGUGGCUGUUGGACGCCUGCUUGCUCAUUGACCAAGAUUAUGUGCGCUGUUUUCGACUGCACGACGAGCUCAAGUCAGAAUUCGUGGCACGCUUUAAAAGGCAGUACUUCCGGAUUCUAAAGAGUUAUGGCGGUGGGGAUAAUAAAAUUAGUAAUCACAAUGUGCAUGCAGUAAAGCAGGACGUCUUGCAGCGCCAAGAGAGACCUCCAAAGCGUUUGUUUCAGAAGCGAAAGCGCAGUGAGCUCAACCAGGGAGAGAUUGAUUUCAAGGCCUUUCAUGAGAAGAUCCGAUGUGUCAUUCUAGAGGGAACCAAGUCCUUAGUGGAGUCAGCUACACUUUUGGGCUACCUGCAUGGAGGAAGUGUUGGUGUGAAGGACCCCCAAAGCUGCAACCAGUGCAACCUGGCCAGCUUGUGCGACAUGGCCAAAGAGCUUCCUCUGGUGGACGAUGAGGACCAGGAGAGAUGUGUGCAGUCGCUUAACGCCAGUGAUGGCACAUCCCAUCUGGACUUGUUCUCCCGCGUGACCGAGAACCCGGCAGAACACGCGAUCGUGACAAUGCUGAUGGGAGAGGAGUACGUCAUCCCUCCAUGCACGGCGUUCUUGCUCUCUGAUUUUUCCAGGAUGGAGCCACUCCUCCAAUAUGGACACAAGUUUGACGUCAUUGUUGUGGAUCCGCCGUGGGAAAACAAAUCGGUAAAGAGGAGUCGCAGAUACACUUGUCUACCUUCCUCUCAGCUGAAAAGACUCCCCAUUCCCCGCUUGGCAUCCCCGGACAGUCUGGUGGUCACCUGGGUGACCAACCGGCCCAGCCACCUGCGCUUCGUCCGUCAUGAGCUGUACCCGCACUGGGGGGUGGAGCCCGUGGCCCAGUGGCUCUGGGUUAAAGUGACCGCAGAUGGCGAGUUUGUGUUCCCGCUGGAUUCGCCGCACAAGAAGCCGUACGAGGUGCUGAUCCUAGGACGAUAUCGCGGCCAUUCCCUGAUAAGCCCCUCAGAGCGGUGCGCUGGUGCUGGCACUCCCACCGUGCAAGAUCAACGGCUGAUUGUCAGCAUCCCCUCGGCUCUCCACUCCCACAAACCGUCCCUUGCAGAGGUGUUGAAGCCGUACAUGAAAGUGGACGGCAAGUGCCUGGAGCUGUUUGCCCGAAGCCUGCAAGCGGGUUGGACCAGCUGGGGCAACGAGGUGCUGCGCUUUCAGCACAGCAGCUACUUCACGCUAACGCCUGCCGGCCAGCCCCGCUCGCCUCCGUCAGCUUCCUGCCACCCAACUUUUAAUGAUGAUGUCACCGUGGUCAUUUCCACGGCGCCAAGAGGAAGAUGAAGCACCGAGCCCCCAACCGCUUCCCCUCCAGCUCGCCUUUUAGAUGAGGUUUGAUUUUUGCUGCAGACUUUUCAUGAAGACGCAUCUGUGACACAAGCGAGUUAAGUCCAUAUAAUGGCCGCCCUACCGCAGUAUGUGAAUGGGAAGCGCAAAGAGCAACAGUUGAGCCCACAUCCCGGGGCCAUUAAUUGACUCGGUGUUCAAUCAACUGUCUCAUUAAAUAUGUAAUUGCCAAACACACACGCACACCACAGGUAAUUAGCAACUGGGUCCAUAGAGGAAACUUCUCGAAAGAUUGUUCUGCCUGCAUAUAGUUGACUGUACAGUGACUUUGCGAGGGAACGUAUGGAAAAAUACCGUAGGGAAAAUCUAGAAUAUUGAACUUUGUAAUAAUAACAGUCAUCACCCAAAUAAACAAUGUAAAGAAUUUGUGCGGCCUAAUUGAAUGCUGAAAUUUUAUUCAUCGUGCUACUCCUUCCGAUGUUCGUGUCUUGGCCAGUGGGAGGCAGUAUAAUACAGUC